AUGUACGGUUUCACUGAUGAGGACGUUGCAGCUGCAGUUGAUAAGCUAACCAAAUUGAUGGCGUGGUUCAUAUUGAACAACACAGACGUGGAAGCCCGGCAAUUCACAUAUGUUGAGAUUCCUGAACACUACACGUGGAACAACAGAGAGGCAGUGUGGGAAAAAAGAAGGCAAAUCUCAAAGAUGAUUGGUCAAUUGAUGGAAGUGACUCCUACUGACGUGGAAUUGUAUCAUCUCAGAAUGUUGUUGCACCACGUGAGAGGUGCAUUGUCUUUUCAAAGUAUAAGAGAUGUCCACGGAACAGUGUUUGCAACAUACUUUGAGGCUUGCAAAGAAAUGGGGCUGACAGAAGACGCAAAUGAGUACAGAAGGUCACUGAGAGAAAUGUCGGAAUGGUGUACUGCAGGCAGACUAAGAAAAAUGUUUGCACUGAUAUGUUGUAUUGCCACAGAGGAGCAAAUCACUGAAAUACCCGAACUGUGGGAAACGUUCAGAGGCGCCAUGAUUGAUGAUUAUUUGAGGAGGCGUAUGAACAGAGUACAGGCGAUAAAUGCAUGCCUGAGAUCUAUUGCUGACCACCUGCAUAGAAACGACAAGACCUUGACUGAAUUUGGUUUGCCACUGCCAGACGAGAAUGUUGCCGAUGAGCCAGAAGAACCGGGAGAAUUGAUGGAACAAGAUGUACACGUCAUUGAUGUCAACACAUUGAAUGUACAACAAAGAAUUGUAUAUGACGAAGUAAUGGACACAAUUCAGAAGGUCGAGAGAGGCGACCAUGUAGAAACGACAAUGUUCUACGUUGAUGGACCAGGAGGUAGUGGAAAAACUUACCUAUACAAUGCGUUGUUGACCAACAUUAUUGCCAUGAACAAGGAUGCAAUUGCAGUUGCUUGGACAGGAAUGGCUUCCACCCUGCUGGAAAACGGCACCACCGUACACAAGGCGUUUAAAUUGCCCUUGAAUUUGACAGAUAGUACGGUGGCAGGGUGGCCAGUGCAUCACUCAAAGUCUCGACGAAUAAUGAACUCUUCGCUGAUUGUUUGGGACGAGGCACCAAUGUCACCCAAACUGGCUUUAUACGCAAUUGACAAAUUCUUGAGAGACCUGAUGCGGGAGCCAAACAGACCAAUGGGUGGAAAGAUUGUACUGUUGGGCGGUGACUUUCGACAGGUUCUACCCGUCAUUCGACGUGGUCACCGCACCCAAGUGGUACAGUCCAGUAUUAAGUGCAGCUACCUCUGGAAUAGUAUGAAAAAGUUCAAAUUAAGAAUCAACAUGCGACUCGAACAGGAUCAAGUGCAAUUUGGACAAUGGCUCAGUACUCUGGGAAACGGUACACUGCGAAUUCUUGAGCCCCGCCCCAUGAUAAAUGGCGUCGACGAUUUAAUUGAAAGCUAG